UCCGUCGAACAUUGAAGAAGCAGAGAAAUAAGACGCAUGCUUAAAAGGACUUAUGAAAUAAACUUCAUCUCGUUCACAUUGUCUUGUUACUCUGCUGGAAAUUAAAAAUUUUUGCCAAUAAAUAAAGUAGAAGUUUAUAGUGUACAUUCAGUUCGUGCUAUCAAAGGAAAAGUAAAUAGAGAAGAAACGCAAUUAAGACACUCGAAAAUAGCCGUGUAUGUGUGGGAAAUCAGAUUGUUAUCAAUAAAAGAAACUUUAUUUCCCAUUGUGAUAUAUCAAGAGAAAAAGAUUUGUAACUUCGAGCGAAGAUGAAGACGUACUACUGGUCAUUUGUCAUUACAAUGCUUCUUCAUUUAUCAUUCAACGUUCAUGCUGGCACUGAAUCUUUAUCAUCAAAUAAUCGUCCAAUUCGUCAAGCUUCAUAUCGUGGAAAUCAAAAAUUUCAAGUUCCAGACUACUUGCGUUACAAUCUCUCACCUGAUGCCUACGCAAAAACUGUCUAUUCUAAUGAUCAUCGUGGUGCUGAUGGAAGUUUUGGAUAUGAAUAUGAGACAGAAAAUGGGAUUAAAGCUAAACAAGAAUCAACCGGAUAUGGCUUGAAUAAAGUAGUUCGUGGGUAUUAUUCAUAUAUAGGAUCUGAUGGUAAGCAAUAUACUACAAAUUAUAUAGCUGAUAGAUUCGGAUAUAGAGCAUAUGGAGAGCAUUUACCAACACAACCGAACUACAUAUACGAUCCUUCACAAUAUCCAAUUCAUCCAUCACAUGUCCCAUCAUCAUCAUCUAGACCCGGCCCAACAUCUUUAUUAGAUCAACAGCAUCAACAUCAUCAACAUCAUACACAAACUUCCUACGUUCCAUCUGAGACACUACAGUCACAAAACAUUUAUGUAGCUGACAAUUCGCAAUCAGAUUAUGUUAACAUAACACCUAAGCCAUAUAUUCAUGGUUCCUCACAACUGCCUGUAAAUAUUUUACCGCCAAAUUAUGCAGCACCAUCAACAUACAAUCAAUUAGCAUGGACAACACCGCGUCCUUAUGUGUCAUUUGCUUAAAAUAAAGAAAAAUCUCAAGUCGUGUCUGUAUUUUUUUAAACA